AUGAGCAGUCAACAAGAAGAAUUAGAGGACCGGGCAAUCGUCAGAAUAGCAGCUCACUUACCGGACCUCAUAGUCUAUGGUGAUUUCACUCCAGAGCGACCCUCGGUGAAAUAUUUUGACGGAGUCCUAAUGUUUGUUGAUAUUUCAGGUUUUACUGCAAUGACUGAGAAGUUCAGCACAGCCAUGUACAUGGACCGUGGGGCUGAGCAGUUAGUGGAGAUCCUCAACUACUACAUAAGUGCGAUAGUGGAGAAAGUGUUGAUUUUUGGAGGAGACAUCCUAAAAUUUGCAGGUGAUGCACUCCUAGCCCUGUGGAAAGUGGAGCGAAAGCAACUGAAAAACAUUAUCACUGUGGUGAUUAAAUGCAGCCUGGAGAUCCAUGGGUUGUUUGAGGCCAAGGAGGUUGAAGAAGGGCUAGACAUCCGAGUUAAGAUAGGACUUGCUGCUGGCCACAUUUCCAUGUUGGUCUUUGGGGAUGAAACACGCAACUACUUUUUGGUAAUUGGCCAAGCUGUAGAUGAUGUCCGCCUUGCACAGGGCAUGGCCCAGAUGAAUGAUGUCAUUCUGUCACCAAACUGCUGGCAACUCUGUGACCGGAGCAUGAUUGAAAUUGAGAGAAUUCCAGAUCAGAGAGCUGUUAAGGUUAACUUCUUAAAACCACCUCCAACGUUUAACUUUGAUGAGUUCUUUGCCACAUGUAUGAGCUUCAUGGAUUAUUACCCAACUCAUCAACACAAAAACAUCCUGAGGCUUGCCUGCAUGCUGGAGUCUGAUCCUAAACUGGAGUUAGCCCUGCAGAAAUAUGUGAUGGAAAACAUUUUGAAGCAGAUUGAUGACAAACAGCUAGGGGGUUAUUUAUCUGAGCUUCGACCAGUGACGAUAGUGUUUGUGAACCUGAUGUUUAAAGAACAAGACAAAGCAGAAGUCAUAGGGCCAGCCAUCCAGGAUGCCUGUGUGCACAUCACUUCUGUCCUGAAGGUCUUCCGAGGCCAGAUCAACAAAGUCUUCAUGUUUGACAAGGGCUGCUCCUUUCUCUGCGUCUUUGGUUUCCCUGGGGAAAAGGCACCUGAUGAGGUCACUCAUGCUUUGGAGAGUGCUGUGGAUAUAUUUGACUUCUGCUCUCAGGUCCACAAGAUCCAUACCGUCUCCAUCGGCGUGGCCAGCGGGAUUGUCUUCUGUGGGAUCGUUGGACACACUGUGAGACAUGAGUACACAGUUAUUGGUCAAAAAGUCAACAUAGCUGCCAGAAUGAUGAUGUACUACCCCGGAAUCGUGACCUGUGACUCUGUCACCUACAAUGGCAGCAACCUACCGGCCUACUUUUUUAAAGAGCUUCCAAAGAAAGUUAUGAAAGGUGUUGGGGAUUCUGGACCAAUUUAUCAGUGUUUGGGCCUUAAUGAGAAAGUCAUGUUUGGUAUGGCGUAUCUCAUCUGCAACAGAAAUGAAGGUUACCCUUUGCUGGGACGUGAAAAAGAGAUCAAGUACUUCAUGUGUACAAUGAAGGAAUUUUUGAUAUCUAACUGCAGCCAAAUCUUAAUGUAUGAGGGUAUAUCUGGAUGUGGGAAAAGCCAAAUACUUGUGGAAAUUGAAUAUCUAGCCCAAGGUGAGAACCACAGGACUAUUGCUAUUGCAUUGACUAAGGUCAGCUUCCAUCAAAAUUUUUAUACUAUCCAGAUACUCAUGGCUAAUGUACUUGGUCUGGAUACUUGUAAACAUUACAAAGAACGACAGAGCAACCUUCAAAGUAAAGUCAAGACACUGUUGGAUGACAAGUUCCACUGUCUUCUUAAUGAUAUUUUCCAUGUUCAGUUUCCCAUUUCACGGGAGAUUUCCAAGAUGAGCACCACAAGAAAACAAAAGCAUUUGGAAGCCCUGUUUAUGAAGAUCUUAGAGAAAACGGUGAAAGAAGAAAGGAUUAUUUUCAUCAUUGAUGAGGCCCAAUUUGUAGAUAUAGCCUCCUGGACCUUUAUGGAGAGGCUCAUCCAAAGUGUUCCCAUCUUCAUUAUUAUGGCCUUGUCUCCCUUCAUUGACACUCCCUGUGCAUCUGCCAGUGCUAUAAUGAAGAAUAGGAACACCACCUAUGUUAUCCUUGGUGCAAUGCAGCCUAAGGACAUCCGCAACAAGGUCUGUAUUGAUCUCAAUGUGAGCAGUAUCUCCAAAGAGCUGGAUGCGUACCUGGUAGAGGGAAGCUGUGGAAUUCCAUAUUACUGUGAAGAAUUGUUAAAAAACCUCGACAAUCAUAGAAUUCUCCUUUUCCAACAAAAAGAGUCUGAGGAAAAGACAAAUGUGACCUGGAAUAACAUGUUCAGGAAUCUCACUAAACCGACAGGGGAAUUCAAUGUAUUUGGCCUCAACAAAGAUGAUGGAGUUGAAGAAGUCUGCAAUCUUGUAAGUGGUGUCCGGCUGAGAAACUUGUCGCCUCCAGCAUCAUUAAAAGAAAUCUCUCUGGUUCAGCUGGAUAGCAUGAGCCUUUCCCACCAAAUGUUAGUGAGAUGCGCUGCAAUUGUUGGCCUGACCUUCACUACAGAGUUGUUGUUUGAGAUUCUCCCCUGUUGGAAUAUGAAGAUGAUGAUCAAGGCCUUGGCUACCCUAGUGGAAUCAAACAUUUUUUAUUGUUUCCGGAAUAGCAAAGAUCUUCGAUUGGCUCUGAAAGCUAAUGUGGCCUCAUUUGAGGUGCAUUAUCGCUCCUUGUCUCUGAAGCCCAGGGAUAGUUUGGCUCGUGGUGAACAAGAAGAGCUCCGUGAAAUGGAAGGUGAAGUGAUCGAGUGUCACAUCAUUAGAUUCUGCAGGCCUAUGAUGCAGAAAACAGCCUAUGAGCUGUGGCUCAAGGACCAGAAGAUAGCCAUGCAUUUGAAAUGUGCCCGCUUUUUAGAAGAAAAUGCUCAUCGGUGCGACCACUGCAGAAGCAGGGACUUUAUUCCCUAUCACCACUUCACAGUGGACAUUCGGCUCAAUACUUUGGAUAUGGAAACCAUUAAGAAGAUGGCUAAAUCUCAUGGAUUUCAAAUUGAUAAAGAAGAGAUCAUGUUUUCUAAAGCAGAGAUGCCUAAGAUAUCUGAAUUUUUUCCUGAAAAUCUCAGUCCUCAAGGAAUCAAGGAAAAGAUUUUGGGGUUUUUUGACCUUAUUAUAACAAAAAUGAGGACAUCUCAGGAAGAUAUCAUCCCUCUGGAAUCUUGCCAGUGUGAGGAGAUCCUUCAAAUGGUCAUUUUACCACUGGCCCAUCAUUUUGUAGCUUUGGAAGAAAACAACAAAGCCUUAUAUUACUUCCUGGAAAUUGCAUCUGCUUAUCUCAUCCUAGGUGAUAACUAUAGGGCAUAUUUGUAUUUGAAUGAAGGAGAAAGGCUUCUGAAAAUUCUUAAGAGGGAAAAAUCUUGGAGUCAGACUUUUGAGUCUGCCACCUUUCAUACCCUCAAAGGUCAGGUCUGCUUUAAUAUGGGACACAUGGUGCUUGCCAAGAAAAUGCUGAGGAAGGCUCUGAAGCUUCUCAAUCGAGUCUUCCCUUACAACUUUAUCUCCCUGUUUCUCCAAAGCCAUGUUGAGAAGAACAGACAUUUCCAUUUCUUGAAUCAGCAGGGCCAAGAGGGCCUACCUCCAGAGAAGAAGAAGUUGGCACAACUUUACCAGGAAACCACUUGCUUCUCCUUGCUAUGGCAGAUCUAUAGCUUAAAUUACUUUUUUCAUCACAAGUAUUAUGGCAACCUGGCAGCUCUGAUGCAAGUGAACACAGCACUGGAAACUCAAAAUGAUUUCCAGAUCGUUAAGGCUUACCUGGACUAUUCACUGUACCACCAGCUGACUGGCUAUCAGGGCAUGUGGUUCAAAUAUGAAAUCAUGGCCAUGGAACACAUCUUGAACCUACCCCUGAAAGGCGAGGGCAUUGAAAUCGUGGCACAUGUGGCUGAUACAUUGGGCUACAUCAAGUUCAUAAUGGGUCACCUGGACCUGGCCAUUGAGUUAGGCUCUCGAGCCCAUAAGAUGUGGGCCCUGCUCCGGAAUCCCAACAAACACUAUAUAGUCCUCUGCAGACUUAGCAAAUCGCUCUUCUUGAAAAGCAGAUACAAGCAACUGAUUCAGGUGAUGGGGUGGCUGUGGGAUCUUUCUGUUGCAGAAGAGCACAUCUUUAGCAAGGCAUUUUUCUAUUUUGUCUGCUUGGAUAUCCUGCUUUAUUCUGGUUUUGUUUAUAGGACAUUUGAAGAAUGUUUAGAGUUUAUAUGCCAAAAUGAAGACAACAGAAUCCUCAAGUUCCAAAAUGGACUUCUCCUGGGACUUUAUUCCUGCAUAGCAGUCUGGUAUGCUAGACUUCAGGAAUGGGACAACUUUUACAAAUUUUCUAACAGAGCUAAAGCCCUAGUGCCAAGAAGAACCCCAACAGUUCUUUACUAUGAAGGAAUCAUUAGGUACAUGGAGGGGCAAGUUCUUCACCUUCAGAAGCAAAUUGAAGAGCAAUCUGAGAAUGCCCAGGACAGUGGGGUUGAGCUGCUUAAGAACUUAGAGCGUCUUGUGGCUCAAAACACCACUGGCCCUGUUUUCUACCCAAGACUCUACCACCUGAUGGCCUAUGUCUGCAUAUUAAUGGGAGAUGGGGAAAACUGUGACCUCUUUCUGAACACAGCCUUGCAGCUCUGUGAAAGACAGGGUAAUAUGCUGGAGAAAUGCUGGCUGAAUAUGAGCAAGGAAUGGUGGUACUCGAGUUCUGAGUUAACAUCAGACCAAUGGCUGCACACUGUCUUGAGUCUCCCGACCUGGGACAAAAUUGCAUCAGGCAAGAUAAGCAUUCAAGAUGUUCAAAAGAACAAAUUCUUGAUGAGAGUUAACAUCCUGGACAAUCCUUUCUAACAUUUUGUGAAAGAAAACAAAACCUGGUAAGAGCCAUCCCUUUACCACAAAGCCUUCAUGAUCUUUCUGCAGGUUUCAUGGGUGCUUCCAUACCAGAUACUGUUUGUUACUUCUUUCUAGAGAGUCAAAAAUGGUUAGACAUCAUCCCUCUUCGCUUUCUCUAACUUUAUACAAAUUGCCUUUACCUUUGUUGGAUGUUGCUAUAUCCUGUUUUGUUGAGCCUGUGAGAAAUUGUAUCACAUGGGAAAAUAUUAAUAUCAAGGUGGUUUGAUGUCUUGUAUUAUGACAGACAUGUUCCUAAUUAAUGAUUAAAAUGUUUAUUUUUAAAUGUCUAGCUGUUGUCUAGAGGUAGCAUAAUAUUUUAAGUAGCAAACUUUCUGUUCCUCAUCUCUAAGGAUGAGAUUGGAAAAGAUUCAUUUUUGCUGGCUUUUGAAGCCAGGAUGCUUUUGUCGUACUAGCCCCUUUAACCAAAAACAUAAAAUAUCUUUGGAAAUAAAACUUUAAUUGAAG